AUGCACGUGGAGCUCGCGGGUUCCCUGGCGGGUGACCUGCAGUGGGUGGCAGGCAGUCCCGGCGCGGAGCUGCUCGAGCGAGAAGAGCGCGUACGAGGUGUGCGAGCCGUGCCGGAUCCAGAUAACGCGACGUGGCCCGCGACGGCGCCGAGCGAGUGCCGCCCGUGUGUCCGCAGGAUGCUGCAGCGGGCGCAGGAGACGGCCUACAUCAACAUCAACUGCGUGGACCCGCUGGGCCGCAGCGCGCUGCUCAUGGCCAUCGACAACGAGAACCUCGAGAUGGUGGAGCUGCUGAUCGAGUACAAGGUGGAGACCAAGGACGCGCUGCUGCACGCCAUCUCGGAGGAGUUCGUGGAGGCGGUGGAGGUGCUGCUGGACCACGAGGAGACGCUGCACCGGCCCGGCGAGCCGCACAGCUGGGAGGCGCUGCCGCCGGACACGGCCACCUUCACGCCGGACAUCACGCCGCUGAUCCUGUCGGCGCACCGCGACAACUACGAGAUCAUCAAGAUCCUGCUGGACCGCGGCGCCACGCUGCCCAUGCCGCACGACGUCAGGUAG